AUGGCAAAUCUCACCAAGAUAAUGAAAGAUAAAGACAUUUCCAUUCAUACUAAGAAAAGAAUUGUAGAAGCAAUGGUUUUCCCUGUAACAUUAUAUGGCUGUGAAAGCUGGACUCUAAGGAAAAAGGAAAGAAAAAUGAUAGAUGCAUUCGAAUUAUGGGUAUGGAGAAGAUUACUUAGAGUUCCAUGGACAGAAAAGAAAACAAAUAUCUCAAUUUUAGAAAAAAUUAAGCCAAGCUUCUCCUUAGAGUCAAGAAUCUUAAAACAAAAAUUGACCUACUUUGGACAUGUGAUGCGUAAAGAAGUUUCCCUACAGAAGACUAUUAUGCUGGGAAAAGUGGAAGAUAGAAGGAAGAGGGGAAGGCAACGGAUAAGAUGGAUAGAAGAAAUCGAGAAAGUCACAGAAAUGAGGCUGGAGGAGCUACUAGAGACAACAAGGGAAAGAUCAAGAUGGAGAAGACUUGUCCAUGAAGUCACCAGGAGUCGACGACGACUUGAUGGAACUUAA